AUGGAAUCUAGCAACGCUUUACGGCCUAUUGACGAAUCACUACUCCGCGAACUCCCCCAACUUUCUCUUCGUAUCGCCCCUCUACGAGAUCCAGUAUCCUCACGAACCCUAAGCGUCCCAUCGCCUCUUGAACCCAAUGCCAGCGGUGCACGAGAAUCAAAAAAUAUUUCUAAGACAAACAACAAUGGUCGCAAGGCUUCAGCAACCGCAAAGGAUGGUCUGCCAACAGUGACGGAGUUUCUCAACGCGGCCCGCACCAAGAAAACCGAACAUUCCACGGACUCGCAAUCGAACGUGGAACGACUGCCGAGGCCUAUUCUUCCUGCUUUUGUGAAUCUUCGUGCAUUAGAAAAAUUCCCGUUUUCCUCCUCGUUCGACGAUGAUGCCCUCCAAGGGACCCGCAAGCGUCGACGCCUAGAUCAACAGGCUGAUUCAUUCGGCGAGCAUCUACAACUGCCUAUUCCACAAGCCCAGAAGGAGCAGCGCCCUCCCCCGUUUGGUCCGUUUGCAAUUCUCAAUGGAUUGAAUGAGCCCCCGCCAAAUGCUGCUCUGCUCCCGCCCAUCGAGGCUGGGUCUAAUAUCUCCCAACUUCUGACUAAACCUUCUGGAGGGGACGCGGAUCUCGAUUCGGGAGCAUUGUCUUCGUCCCAUGGAAUAACAGCAGAUGGUCAGCCUGCGGAGAGACGAGAUGCCCGAAUUGAAGAAAUGUUGACUACAUCACUCAAUGCGGAAGACGAUGAACAUAAUGAUGAUGACCACAAUGUUGAAAGUACUGAAUCUGUGGAGUCUGAUAAGAUUGCUCUAGCAGCCCGUGAGCCAAUUUCACCCAAAUAUCACGAGACUAUGGCUAUCGCUCCCAAAGAAGAUGCACCCAUGUCGCCUAAAACUCGAGGUCGAUCCCGUAAAAACUUGAGAAGAUGGUCGGACGAAGAAACCACUACUUUACUCCGAGGUGUGGUCAAAUGUGGGAUUGGAAAUUGGACUGCUAUUCUUGCUCAACCAGAGCUGGAUUUUAAUCAAAGGACCGCAUCUAAUCUGAAAGACAGGUUCCGAGUGUUGUGUCCUUGGGCAUAUCGCGCCUCCGAUCCCAAUGAAGCUGCCAGAAAAUUACACGACACCCUCGCUAACGCCUUACUCAAAGCCAAAGUCGAAGGCCGCGAGGAAACGCCCGGAAAAAUGCACAUACCUCAGCUUGUACGCGGCAACUCCGGAGGCUCAGACUCAACUUCUGGCUCUGGAAGCCCAGCUCUGAUCUCCCGCCUCCCCUCAACCCCCAGUACUCUUGCAUCCACCCCGGAUUUGGAACUUGGGAGUAUCAAUUUCCAACCUAUGUCGCCCUCUUCAGAAAAUAGCACGUCUGCUUUAUCGACCCAAUCCCGAUCAACCUUUGAGUCUCUCGGCAUCCCAGAGCCCCACGUUACGAAGUCCAAACGCCGCUCGCGGCGCCCCUUCACAACAGCUGAGGAUGAAGCCCUCCUCAAAGGCUACGCCGUCCACGGCUUCCAAUGGACACUUAUUCAACAAGACCCACGGUUAAGCCUCAGCCACCGCAAAGCAACUGACCUACGCGACAGGUUCAGAACGAAAUUCCCCCACGCCUACCGUGACGGCGGGUCUGUGAGCGGCAAAGCCCUAACCAACCAAACUCAGACUCAAACCCAGGAUCCCGCAGCCGGUGCAUCAACGCCUCGCCCCCAAGCUGCCAUUGUUAGCGAACAGUCUCCGGGUAAAGGUUAUACGACCCCGACUCCGGCUACAUCCCGCCACUCGAGGCGAGGUCACACUGCCACUUCUUCGCAGUCUAAUCUCGCUCAAAUUGACCCUUCGCUCUUGCCCCCACCUCAGGGGUUUACGGAACAUUCAAUUUCUCUUCCUGCUGCUGGUGGGCUUUCUUUCUCUUUGGAUGAAGGCUCUGGUGCGAGUGCUUCCUCGGCGGUCGAGACAGCGUGGGAGGACAAUACGCUUGCUCCUAUGAUUUGGGAUGAAUUGGCCUAA